CUUAGAUCGAUACCUCUGGCUGCUUUCUGGGAGAUGGUUUAGACUGAGGUAAGAGUGAAAGCAGAGUUCAAACAGGAGGCUACUGAAGGAGUCCAAGCAAAAAGUCAUGGGGCCUAAACAGGUUCUGAGGAUGGGGUGGAGCCUGAGGCGGUCAACAAGACAUGUCUCGGAAGUAUGAAUAGAAGCCACUAGCCUUGAGUACUCACUGGGUGCGUGUGUGCAGGAGAGUGAGACAGGACAGGAGGCAAGAGGGACUGCCUAAGGAGCGCAGAGAGAGAUGGCCCUCUGUGAGAGCCUCCAGUCUGUCUCUUCAAGGGGAGGCGGGAGGGGAGGGGCAGAUCAGAGGACAGAGAAGGAAGAAGUUUAGAGCAUGAAUGAAGAAACCCCAAGAGGCCAGGUGGCAAGGCCGAAGCCCCGCCCCAGGCUCCGGCCCCGCCCCCAGCCCCACCUCUUCUUCCUCCCGCCUCCCACCCCCGAGCCGCGGCUCAUCCUCUAGGGCGGAGAGAGGUGGCAUUUGAGUCCUCCGGUAUCCCAGCAGGCAGUGCAGCCUAGAGACGCUGACAAAGGAGCGGAGGAGCAGUCGCAGCUGCUUUCCGAGGAAGCCGGUGUUGCCGAGCUGAAGUAGCAGAUCUGCCCCAGUAGAAUCUGAGAGAUCUCACGUCGGGGAACGAGAGGACAAAUGCUAAGUGAAAAUUGACCUUUGAGGGAGAUAAGAAGAGGACUCAAACGUGAAAAAUUGUGUCCUUUGGAUCUUGCCUAAAAAGCAGUCCUGUUCUUUCAGAGUGCAUUGCAUUCUUAAUGUGAAUUCCAGACAGAAAGGAGAAAGUCUACUUUUUCAGGCAAGGCACACAUGGGAUUUAAUAUUCUUGGUGAAUAUCUUGUCCACACUUACUCUGAGUACUGGAAAAUCUGUUUGCCUAGAAAAGACUAUAUGCAGGAUAUUGAAUAUGGAGUGGAUACCAACUUUUAGAUUACACUUAUAGUUGGUAGUGGGAAGUUUGGAAAACAGGAAACGGCCAAAUGUGUCUUUCAAGUUGUUCACGUCUACAUACCCAAUCAGGAUGCGAGAUUAAACUAAUUUCUGAAGCAUUUCUUGAACUCUUAAAACAACAGGUAUACCUAAAUACUAGGAGAGUUGAAAUUUUGGAGUUUUUCAACUCUGUAAGGGAUAGCUGUGAUAGAUUCUCCAUACAUGUAUUAAUAAUAUAUAAUUAAAUGUAAUGGACAAUAUUCAGUAUAAAGUUACUCCUUUAUAGGCAAAAAUAGACAAUAGAACAAAUAGCUUGUAAAAACAAUGCAUGCUUCUUCCUUAAAUUGUUUAUGUACAUUUGCUUCCCAAGUGUUUUAUUUUUCUUUUCUUAGAGAGCUUUUACAUUUAACUCCAUUUUCUGAAAACUAACAGUUAAGAAAUGAUCAGAGAAGCCAUUCCAUUCCCUAAUAGAUUGCCAAAAUGCUUUGGAGUUUUUAACUGAAUCUAAGAAAAGUCCAAAAUAGAUUUGAGACUGUAAAAACAGAAACUGCAGCAAGGGGGAUUCAGUGCCAAUGCAUCAACAAAAAAGACAACCAGAGUUAGUGGAAGGAAAUCUUCCUGUUUUCGUGUUCCCCACGGAGCUCAUAUUUUAUGCAGAUGAUCAGUCAACACAUAAGCAAGUGUUGACACUGUACAAUCCCUAUGAGUUUGCCUUAAAGUUCAAAGUUUUGUGUACUACUCCAAAUAAGUAUGUUGUCGUUGAUGCUGCAGGUGCAGUAAAGCCUCAGUGUUGUGUGGAUAUUGUGAUUCGUCAUCGAGAUGUUCGAUCCUGUCACUAUGGUGUAAUAGACAAAUUCCGUCUCCAAGUUUCCGAGCAAAGCCAAAGGAAGGCUUUGGGAAGAAAAGAGGUUGUUGCUACUCUUCUCCCAUCAGCAAAAGAACAACAAAAGGAAGAAGAGGAAAAAAGAUUAAAGGAACAUUUAACUGAAAGUUUAUUUUUUGAGCAGUCGUUUCAACCAGAAAACAGAGCUGUAUCCUCAGGACCUAGUUUACUAACUGUCUUCCUGGGAGUGGUGUGCAUUGCAGCCCUGAUGCUGCCUACACUGGGGGAUGUGGAAUCGCUGGUGCCUCUCUACCUCCACUUAAGUGUGAAUCAAAAAUUAGUGGCUGCUUAUAUCUUAGGUCUUAUCACAAUGGCCAUACUUAGAACAUGAGCAAGGAUUUCAAUUGACUUCUGAAGUAAAUCUGUCUUGAAAAUAUGAAUGUGGACUGCCUUUUAUCUCUAUUUCACUCCAUUAACAUGCAACAAACUAUUGAAUGAUUUCAAAUAAUUGCAAAUGUAUAAUAUAUAUUUUAAAUUAUAAUUUAAUUUGAAGGACUGCAGAACAUUAUUUUACAGACAGCAAGGAUGCUUCUGAGCGACACCUAGGAAAUUAUUUGAAGAAAUUCUUUUUAUAUCUAUACCUGUUGUGCAAGAAACUUUAAAACAUUUGUUAUUUUCUCACCUUUUUUUCUAAUUCACUUUGAUUGCUAGGGGUCAUGUAUGCUUCGAAGUUACAGGACUAAAAGAGCAAACUGACCGGCCUAAAACUAAAAUGACAUUUAUUCCCUAGCUACAAACAUCAGCGUUAUUAUGUUAAUUAUACCUUGCCCUCUAUCAUUAUAAAUGGUUGCCAUGGUGUUUCUAAAAAUAAGUGUUUUACCAUUAAUGUGUAGAGGGCAAACAAAGCAUAAAGUACUAAGGGAUCAUGCUUAUCCUAGGGUCUCACAGAAGAGAGGACAUAUUUAAUUAAUCUUGUGAAUUACAGAACAGGUUGUGGUCCAGACACCAAGAAUCAUAGGGGUUUUUUGAAAAAACCUAAUAGAAGUAGGGUGACCUCUCUCUUUGGUCUAAGAGUUCUAAAGGAAGGUAGGCAUCUGUUUAAUUAGUUGGUUCACUCUGGCUUUACCUCUGGUUAAUGCUUUGUGUUAAUAGGAAGGAAAAAUCACUUUAUCUUUUCUUCCAAGCCCCUCCCUGCCUGACUUGCCCAGACUGGGAUUACCAGAUACCAGGUGAUUUAUGUGGAGAUGAUUUUUCACCUUUAAACUCUAAGCCAAGUGUAAGAAACUCUUGAUAGCUAUGUCUAUUUUAUAUCAGUCACUGAGACUUUUUUUUAAGUUUUUAUUUAUUAUUAAGACAACUUUGCCAAAAAAGUCCCCUAAGCACAACUAUUUACAUUUCUUUAUAGCCUCUUCUGAUCUCUAACACAUAUGCAGUUUUAACUGUUAUUUUCAUAGUAACUGAUCUUUUGUCUAAGGAUUUUUACCUGAAAGCACAAUGUAUUGAGUCUCUUGAAAAUCAUCUUUGAGAUCUUUUUACAGAAUGAACUUAUGCACUGCUACUGUAGUAUUCUCAAGGAAUAUAUGUAAACACAAAUGUAUGCCUGAGGUUGGUUUUUGCAGAAAACAGUCUCUGCUUCUAAAAACUUCUAUGUCUAGUCUUCCAUAGGAAAUCCUCACUGUUUAACCGUGUGAGGAGCCUAAGUCAUUAAACAGAUCAUGUCUGUACAUUGUGUAAUGAAUGAAAAGCACAUAAAUGUAAUCUACUUUGAACUUUGUAAAAAUGAUGUGUGGAGGCUAUUCUUGUUUCUCCAUCUCAAGUCCUGUGUGUGCACGUGUGUGCAAGUGCACAUAUGUGUGUGUGUAAUAACAUUGUAAAGAACAGAAAUUACUUUAAAAAAUAAACAGAAAUGGAGACCUGA